AUACCACUACAUCCCCAGGCAUCAGCUGUAGCUACUCUGCAUUACAUAUCUACUCAUUGACCUUUCCUAGCUCUGAUUUGCUCAUCAAGCUUGCUACAAGAUGAUGGCAACACUGCCAGCCCAAGCACCGACCUUGACAGAAGAAAAAGCACACCUCGAACGAGAACGUCAAUGGCUCUUUACGCACAUCUUUCCGCGCUCCCUGCCGCCUGUGCUGGAAGGCUUGCAAGAAUGUAGAGAAUUGCUGCAACAUGCAGAUACCACACUGCCGCUCACUUCAAGGGAAACAGAACGGCUUAAGGGUUUGGUGACGCGACAGGGAAGUCUUCUCGUCAAGGGCGAUUUCAGAAUACGACUGCCUGGUCUCUCUGCACAGCGUGUUGCGUUGAAUGCAGACAAGGCCAUGACCCUUCCACAAGUUGCAGAAGUCGCGCAUCUAGUGGACAUCUCCAUUGCAAGUUGUCAACAUGCGUUGCAGCCAGAUACUGCGAAACGCGUCGUGGAUGAUCUCCUUGACAACUUGCGAGAAGCAUCGGCCUGUCUCAAGGAACCGAAGCUGACAGAGACUUUCCCACUGGCUGAGCUGCCAGGCACUCGCUUCUCACCAAUAUUGGAAGAGCCUGUUGCUAUGGACCUUUGUAUCCGUGACGCAUCACUCGUCGCUGAUGUCUACCUACUACAAGACCGCAAACAGAGUUCCAAUGUCUUUGCCAAAAUCAACAGACUAGCUAGCGGAAGUCAAGGAGGAGGCGGUGAAGCCCAUCAUGGUGGCUUUGUACGGUUCAGAGGCCGGGACGUACGUGUCGUGGAGCAUGUGCGUGUCGAGUCACAGGAUCCGGCGCUUGUUGCUGUCAUGACGAAGCUGGCUGCUUUGACGCACUCGGUCGAGCAGAUUGGGCUCAAGAUUGCAGCGACGGCGAGCUGAUGUCUCCUUCAUGCCUCUUCACCAGCCAAUCUACUGAUCUAAAGCCAAUCUACUGAUCUAUACUACUAUAGCCAAUUCAUUUCCAUCUCG